UGGGUCCAUGUUUGUGCAAGCGCUGAUUUGGGCUAUGUGUGUAUCCACGUGUACGUUUGGGUACGUGUGCGUACGAUGGUGAUAACUAUGUAAAAUGGAUUGUGUUUUAUUUUAGCAACUUAAAAAAUACCAAUCAGAUACGACUGAUAAGUUUCUCAAAUAAUAAAACAAAAAAUCGUUUGUCAUUAUUUUGACUUUCGCAAGGAGUUUAUUUUACACGGUUGUUACAGGAAUAAUGACGUCACCUUUCUAUUGGUGUGCAAACGCGCACGUGCUUUUCGUGGCGGCGCUUUGGCUGGUAAAUCCAGCCUCGUUAAUGGGUUUCCUGAGUCAAAGCAGUGACAAGACGGCUAACUUCACAGGGCAGGGGUUGUCGCAGGUUCCCACUGGUGACAGCAUUCCAGACGACACAGAGAACAUAGAUCUGUCUGAAAAUAGCAUCAGUAAUUUGACAUUAGUCGGUUACAACAAUUUAAAAAGCCUUAAAACGUUCAAUAUUUCCCGAAACCAGAUUUCAGAACUUACGCCUAAUGCGUUCAAAGACUUAACGGCCUUAAUGGUCUUGGAUUUGUCAAGAAAUAACAUCAAAGGCGAACUUCUAGAAGAACAUAUGUUCGUUGAUCUCAGAAAAUUGGAGACGCUUAAUUUAGAGCAAAACCCUAUGCUAAUUUUGAAGAGUAACGUUUUCAAUUUUAUGGAGUUACCCUCGUUAAAACGUCUGGACGUCUCUCAUUGCGAUAUCUUCGUACUGGAACGGAGUAGCAUCGAUCUUCCAACGCUGGAGUACUUGGACCUUAGUUGGAACGCUCUAACGAAGGUGAACAAAGAAGCGUUCCGAAUGAUGGCGGAUUUGAAGACGCUGGACAUGAGUCAUAACAGGAUAAAGGUGUUGGAUACGGUACCGUAUCUUCCAGCGAUUCAAACCUGGAACCUGGAUAGUAACUUGAUCGAGGAAGUUCAUAUCAAAGACCAGAUAUGGCAAAGGGCGGAUACCAUAGAGAACUUAUAUCUAAGAAACAACAAAAUCAUGAGAUUCGGACCCGAUGACCUCCCGCUUGACCUUGUGUCCCUGAAGGUGAUUUCUUUGGAGCAAAACGACAUCAACUGUGACUGUCGGAUGAAGUGGAUUGCCGACGACGCCGACAUCCCAUCGCUUGAAACGCGAAACAUAACAAUAACGUGUCAUUACCCGACUCGCCUGGCGAAUCGAAACCUCCUGCACGUACCAGCCGAUGAGUUGACCUGCUCCAUUUCCGUUACGCGACUGCUGCUUAUAGUCAUGGCGUCCAUUAUAGGUGCCGUAAGUCUAGCGAUCGGUUUGUUUGUGACGACAAAGUGGAUACGAAAAUACCAGCGAAUCAAACGGGCUGCGAAGGGCGACACAGGUGGGGAUUAUUCGGCCGUCUACACGCGGGACGAAGAAGACGUUAGAGUGACAAUGUCGGACGGGAAGGGUCUCCUUAACAACAGUCGGGAAUUCGAUGUGUGAAACGGAAACGGAAGCUAAAAUGAUAUUGAAAAUUUUGAAUUUUUAUAUUUUUUAAAAUUCUUUGGCGAUACUACUGUUGUCGGGAUCGCUGUGUUUGAUGAUGUUGUUUUUGUCGGCUCAUAACAUUGCUAUGCAAUACGAAGUGAUAUGUAUUAUGACCAUAAGAUCAAAUUACAAUACGGCGUGAUAAUUAUUCAUGAAAACACGUGUUGUCUGCUAUUGCAUGUUUUUGUUGUUAGCUUAAUACCUUUGUGAACAUGUAUUUACCAUUUGCACAUUUCUGGCUUCACAUUCUGUUCUUCUGUAAGUCUCAAUGAGAUGGAAGACCGUCUCUGCAGGCUUUAGUACAAGCUGAUAAAACUGAUUCUUUGUAACGUGUUUAUUAGUAUCGAACAGUUGUAUUAUGUCGUCGUAUUUGUUGUUGUUACGUGUCAGUUCCACAUAUGUGUGCAUCUACUGCCGGUUGUAGUUCGUAAGAAUCUAAAGCUUCUACUGACGGAUAUUGUUCGUUUGUGUAAAACCAUUCAUAGCUUUAUUGACUUUGCUGUUUUCGUUUUUCUCUUAUUGAAAUAUAUGUUUACCGUUUUUUUGUGCUUUAUUUACCAGCAAAGUACAUUUCUUACUAGCAUCGCAGCAUAUAUUAUUCAGUUUUUCCAUGUUUAUCUUUUUAAUUUAAGUAGGAUAACGUAUACGGCCUGUUGUGACAUGCCCUAGUCUAUGUCGUAUGUAGAACCAGUACUUUUGUUGUUGUUAUUUGUGAAUGAAAUCUUGCAGAGGCUUAUACAUUGGGGAUCGGACUCAGCGCUUCCUGAUCGCUAGGCUGACACAUGAUCCACCAUGACACAGCGAUACAGUUGCAUUCUUUGUUUAUUAGUUACACAUUCAGAAAACAAAACCUAGUUAGUAAGGAUUCUAUAAUUCAGCCGUGCUUUGUGAAAAAGGGUGUUUAAUGCAUAGCCGUAAAGUGUCGUCCCAGAUUAUCCCUAUAUUUUUAAAUUAAUGAUGUUCACAUUUAUGUCAAUUUUCUGUUAAUUUUCUGUUAAAUGGCCUCAUGAUUAUCGAAACUCAUACUACAAAAGCAUGAUGAUGCAGUUUUUUGUAAAGAUAAAUUUGUUAACGAUAAACAAUAGCGUUUAACGGUUAUCAGUAGCGCGUUUUAGAUAUCGAAUUUGGGCAGGCAACUCGGGUACAGUCUAAUAUCGACCGGGUACGUCUAUUUGCCAUACCCGGGGUACAUGUAAGUAUACGUAAGAGUACCCGGAGUACAUGUUAGAAGUAUCCGAGCCGACAAUGACCAAUCGAGCACUACUGACCUUAUAUUGAAAUACGCGGUCAGCAGGUGAACCGACUCAGCAAAUGAAAAACGAAUAUUUUGUACUAGGUAAUACAUGAUAAAUACUAUGUUUGUGUGCGUUAAAUUGAUAUCCAGUUUUUGUACUUGUUCUCGGUAGAAUCACAUGUUAUCAAUCGCUCCAUGAUAUCAUGUUUUAGACAGAUAUUUUGUUUUUUUAUUAAGGUUGAAAUAAUGUUUUUCUUUUGUUUAAUAAAAAAAGAAUUUCUUUUCUAAAUAUAAUAAAUAAAUAUCGUUCUUUUCGUUAUAAUACAUUUAUUAAACAUCGUAAUUAAUUUUCAACUUCGCCAUUGACGGUCGAAAACCCGACUGAAAAAAGGAGGAGGGUUAGCGUAGGGCAAGCAUAACAGCGGCCUACACUGAAAUGAUGAGACGAUAAUCUUCCACAAGCGCACGUUUGUAGAUAGUAAAUCACUUGACUUUGCUACAUUUAAUGAUCGGUACCACUUAAUUUAGCGAGAGUUGUCAUACCUUGGUACGCAACUGACUUCCAGGGGCAUGAAUAAAAAAAAUCAGUCGCUUAACCGGAUUAUACGGUUACAUUGCACUAAAUCUUUUUGUAACCUUCCGUGGUCGAAAGAAGUUCUAUUUCUAUUCUUGAAUAAAAGCCGUUUGGCAAUCUGA